AUGUUCAAAUUGGUGGUGUUGUUCGCUCUCGUAGCUCUCGCCGUAGCUAAACCCAGUGCAGUGUUGGUAGGUAGUCCAGUGGUACAUGCAUACAGUGCCCCAGUUGUAGCUGCAGUACCUUCUGCAGUCAGCCACACCUACAGGAAAGAUGUCAUCAGUGAACCCGCUGUCGUAGCCUACUCCGCUCCUGUAGUUGCUGCUCCAGUAGUCCACAAAUAUGUUGCUCCUGUUGCCGUUCCUGCUGCUGUCAGCCACAGCUACAGAAGUGACAUUAUCAGCAAACCUGUCGUAGCUGCUUAUGCUACUCCUGUUUUAUCUUAUGCCCAUGCUCCUGCUGUCCACGCCUGGUAA